AUGGCUUUCCAACAGCGCCUGGAGGAGCUUCCGGCACCGUCGUCCUCGGGUCGAAUGCUGGCGCUGCCCGGCUCCACGCAGGAGUUUCGCCAAGAGGAUGAGGAUGAUGAGUUCAGCCAGUCCUCGGACGAGUCCUCCCUGGGGCUGGCUCUGGAUGAGGUGGAUGCCAAUGAUCUCCUUGCUGUACCCCCUGGUGCCGAGAAUGCGGAGAAUGCCCAGGCAGAAGAAGGGGAAGCCGCGCAGCCGCAGAAGUGGGGCACAGACAAGCGUGAUGCGGAGUGGGUAAGCCUCAAAAGGCAGAUGGCAAGCCAGAAGAAGGCGCACGAUGAACGCUGGACGACUGCAAAGCAUUUCCCUGGUGUGCGAGAAUUUGUGCGAAGGUACGAGCUUGCGAACCAGGUGAACAACUGGGACAGGGCGGUGGACAACGUCACGUUGAAGAUCGACAACAUGGCGCGUCAGAGAGGACAGCUGGGAGUCGUGGCUGAGUUGCGGAAGGAGGAGCUGCGCCAGAUAUUCCCCAUCAUCCAGCGGCUACAGUGGACCAAGUGGUCUAGUGGGCAACUUAGUCUCCCUUCGGGCUGGAGCUGUCAGCAGUAG